AAAAUCUUCCUUCUCUCAGAAAGACAGACACCCUUCAAUCCUCAUCGAAGAAACACAAGCGUCGUAAGUAGAUCCAUCGCUGCAUCUCCACGUGGAAGAGUUUUGUUCGAGAUAUAUACAAUCUCAUCGAAAACUUUUCCUUUUCCUUGCCUCUUCCUCGCAUCGUCGAACAGGAGCCCAGAAAAGAGCCCGUUUUCUUCGAAACUUUUUUUCCACGGCGAAAAUUCAUUCUUCCCUUGGUAACAGCAUCAAAUUCUGGUUAAGAAACAGGUGGUUCGAACGCGAGUUGUCGGAUGCAAAAAUGGAGGAGAAAAGGGACGCGAUGGUUCGGUUCGUUUUUCCUCGAGAUCUCGAAGGGGGCACGCGGCAGUUUUCUUCCAUUUAUCGGCGGAGUUUAAGCGAGAGAACGUUCUUCCGAAGUUGGGCAAGAACAUGACGAGGCGGAAAACACGGUGGAUAAUCCGUCUGGAAUUUUCUUUGGAUGAAUGACGAACUUAUGACGAGCAGGUUGGAGAAAGUUUUUAGCAUCCCUUCGUCGUCUCUUCACGGAGCCGUAUACGUCUCGUCGGAUGGAGGAUAUUGUGCGGCUCUUGAGGGAAGUUGGCAAUUCCUCCUCCAAGAGGGAAAGAAGAGAUAUGGGAUUAAUUAAUAGCGAUCGAAGAAACGAAAACUUGGAGAAUCCACGGUCGGUCGGAAUGGAGAUCAGAAAGGUGUACGUGAAAACCCGGGCCGAAUUCGGCAAGCAAUGCAUCUUCAAUAUCCGGGAGCCGACAAUGGACGCCGAAAUAUCGCCGAAGCCGGCCGAAAUGAACGCCUUCAUCUUGAAGAACGAGUGCAACGUCGGCAUUCAAAAUACCGCCCAAUUGGCAUUGCAUCAGAUUCAAACGGACGUCAAGCUGUCGAAGAACACGGGGAUGUUUCAUUUCGAGGGCGGAUGGCCGAAGGAUAUCAAUCCACGGGACGAGGAGACCACGUCCAGAUUUCGCAGAAGGGUUGAGAAGGACGACAAUUGGGCACCGAAACUGCUUCCCAUGUUCGAGGUCAUGGAGCACGCUAUUCUCCAGAACGGUACAGUGAACAUUCACCAGCAUUAUUUCGACGACAUGAUACCAACACCGUUGACACAGACCUACAGCUUCAGAACCGUGAACGUGUACAGAGAUCCAGAUAUACCCAGGAGGCCUGUGACGAAUAUUUCUUGGUCCGCCGAUACGUCGAACAGAUUGGCGGUAUCGUAUUGUUUCUUGACCUAUGGGAGGGAGGUUGAUUACAGUAAAACGGUGUACAUCUGGCACGUCGAGAAUCCCACCAAACCUUACAUGGGCCUGGAGCCAAUCUCCCCGUGCGUCUGUUGCGAAUACAGUCCAAGGGAUCUCUCCAUCCUUGCCAGCAGUCAUAUAUCGGGCCAAGUCAACAGCUGGGACACCAGAACCGGGAUCAAGCCUGUUCAAAGCUCUCAUCCGCGAUACAGUCACAGGGACAUAGCGAACAAAGUGAAAUGGAUACCGUCCAAGACGAACACGGAAUUUUUCUCCACGUCGUACGACGGUUGCGCGAUGUGGUGGGACACGCGAUCCCUAAAGCAACCGACCGAGGUUCUGAUAGUCGAUCUCGAGGACCCGAACCAUCCUCAAAUAAACAGGGCGAUCGGCAUCUCGAGCGUGAAUUACUUGCCGAUGAUCGGCACCAAGUUCAUGUUCGGCUUGGACAACGGCAUCAUCAUAUCCGGCUCGAAGAAAGCGAGAACGAACGCGGAGAAGCUCUCGGUUAGGUUCGACGCUCACUCCGAGUUGGUGAAAGCCGUCGAUCGAAGCACCUUCACCCCGUCCCUGUUCCUCUCCGUGGGCGACUGGAGGGUGCGGAUAUGGAUGGAAGACACAAGGGAGGAGGGCCUGAUUUCCACUCGUUUCCAGGUUCAUCCGACGGACGGGUGUUGGAGCAAGACCAGAUCCUCCUGUUUCUACAUUACGACCGACGACGGGAAGAUGAUAGUGUACGACAUUCUGCAAUCCAUUCGACAACCGAUUUUUGAAUUGCAGUUAAGCCACAAUAAGCUCAAUUGCAUCGUGCCCUCCGAGGAGGAGCCGGUUGUCGCUAUUGGAAGUUAUACAGGAAAUGUGUACCUCGUCGAACCCGGUGAAUUCUUCACCACGUUCAGCAGAAGGGACAGGACUUUCUUCUCGGAAUAUUUAGAGAGGUGUUCGAAAUUGACAAAGGGAGUGGAUAUACGAUUAAAGGAAAUCAAAUUGAUGAUAGCGAUUAAAGAGGAGGAGGAGGAAGAGAAGAAGAAAUUGAAGGAGAAAGUUAAGAGGAAGGAGAGGGACACGAGAGUGACGCAGGUGAAAGAACGGGAGAAGGUUGUGAAGGACAGGAAAAAGAUACGGGACUCGGAUGCCCCGGAACUUAUGGAAGCUGAAAGAAAAUACUUUGAAAUUGUGGAGAAAGAAUUGGAGCAGUACGCGGACGAUGAUCCCGACAUCAUCCCGUUGACCGUGUCGAUGCAGGUGAAGAAAAGUGACAAGAGGCGGAAACCGUCUGAGCCGGUGAUCGAUAUCCCUGAGAAAUCGGAAGUGACGAAACGGGAGCUGUUGAAGGUUCGGAGGGAAAAGCUCGUGAAAAAGAUACCGAAGAAGAAACCGACGUCCGUAUUGAAAGUACCGUCUAAAAUAACCGAUGUGUUGAUCAAGAAGGAGUUGGAGAAGAUAAUACCCGAGAUAAUGCACAAGAAGAAGGUGGAGAAGGUGAAGCCAAAGACGGUGAAACUGAAAUUGCCGGAUCCCUGCAAGGACGUGAUUUGUAAGCCGAAAGUGUGCUGUUUGAAACGGGGGGCGAGGGUGAGAAGGAGAAAGAAAGUGAAGAAACAUGAAACGGAGGCUGCUAAACGGAAGCGUGAGAAGGAACAAUUGAUUAUUAUGAAGAUACAGGCGCCGCCUACCGAGCUCAAAGAAGAUGUGUUAAGAGCCAAGGCGGAGAUCAAAUUGGCUCAAAUGAAGAAAAAGCAUCGCAAGAUAUAUAAGAACCCGAGGAAGAGGAAGACCCCAGUGAAGUUACUUCCCAAGAAGGAAGAGGAAGAAGUGGGUGAAGAGGAAAUGCACGAGGAGUUACUGGAAAAAUUAUCGAAAAAAAUAAAGAAAAGGGUGAAGCAAGCAGCUCGGCACCCUUGCUUCCCCAUCAUUGGUAAAACCGCCGAGGAAUUGUACGAGGAUAUUAUCGGUAUUCCUUUCCCUGAGAUUAUCGAGAAAACGAUCAGCGAGGAUUCCAUAGUCGAGUAUUUACGCGCGAAGAAAAGGAUUUAUCCACGAAUCUCGGAAUUCUUCGGCAAUACCGAAUAAAUUGAACGUUCGUUCGGCCCAGGUGGAAAGUUAUCAAGCAACACGGGGAGAAAAGAGGAAAGGAGAAAAAGAAAAA